CUCCAGAUCGGGCGGUGGUUGGACAGCUUCCAGGAUCAGUCACUCGGAGACUCCGCCCCCUAUUUCUUCCGGGCUGCCAGAGACAGAACUGAACUGAGCGUUUGCGGGCUGCUGGGCCAGCUGUUGCGAUCAAAUCCCAAAUGAAAAUGUUUGAGAGCAUUGAUUCUACAGCCACAAAAUCUGGCCUGGAUCUUUGGGCUGAAAUCUGUUCCUGUCUGCCAAAUCCUGACCAAGAGGAUGGUGCCAACAAUGCCUUUUCAGACUCAUUUAUGGAUUCUUACCCUCCAGGCACAAGCCAGGGGGAGGCCCCAGACUUUGCUGCUCAGGUAGCUCUAAAGCCUUGGGCUCCCUUACAGGAUUCAGAAGUGUAUUUAGCAUCUCUAGAGAAGAAACUGAGAAGAAUCAAAGGUUUAAAUCAGGAAUUAACCUCUAAGGACAUGCUUCGAACCCUGGCCCAAGCCAAGAAGGAAUGCUGGGAUCGAUUCCUCCAGGAGAAGCUAGCAUCAGAGUUCUUCGUGGAUGGACUUGAUUCUGAUGAGAGUUUUAAGGAAAAAAAGACAGGACUGAGGAAUAAGCUUUUCAGCUAUUCUCAUCAAGCCUUCAGAGACUCUGCAUUUGAAGGGGGCCUGAUACUGCUUAUAGCCAAAGUGCCCACUAGGGGCACCUUGGAACAUUUCAAGAGGUGGCUCCAGCCAGAUAAAGUAGCCAUCAGUACAGAGGAAGUCCAGUAUCUGAUUCCUCCAGAGUCACAGGUUGAGAAGUCAGUGUCUGGGGACGAGCCAGCGGUAGCGGAACAAUAAAUUACACACACACACACUCUGAGCAGCUGCUUCGGGUCCAGAGGGAACGAACAGUGGAGAGCUCAGCAGCGGCAGCAAGGAGACAUCUAGCGAGGGAAAAGCUCAACCUUCCGCUCCACAAAGCAAACAGCUGCAGGCCCCUGAGGACUUUUUGGGGCUGGCAUGUGUGACUCUCUUGGAUAAAGGGACAGACACAGUGCAUGCUGGAUCAAAAUACUGCUUUCCUGUAUGUCUCACAGUUUGCCUGAGCUCUGCUGCUGCAGGUGAGAAGCCUGCUAAGAAUCUAGUGAAGGACCCAAGUGUAAAUAUAUUUGGAGAAGCUGAUGUCCUUGUGUAUAAUGUAUAAGUUAAGUGAGCCAUAUUUUUUUCUUGCCUUUUCUGGAUGUUCCUGCCUGUGUUCCAAGCAUUCUCUUGGUAAAUUGUCAGGGGUGAGUGAGACCGAGAGUGAAUUCUGCCUCCUUGAAUCCAAGCCCCACCUGGGGCUUUUCUAACAGUGCGUAAUAAACGUAGGAACUUUAAGAAAAGA